GAGGGUGUCUGAGCAAAUGUUCCCCUUUCCGUAUCACCGAGGGCCUGGUUGAAAGGCAAUGGAGGAUGAGCAUGAAGACACUGAAGAUGUGGGAGCCGAGGAACCUCACAGGCAGAAGUCUGCUGGACUUGACAGUGAUGCUACCGGCAGCGAAAGUGAGGAUGAUCGGAGCGGUCAAGGUGAAGAUGGCGAAGAUGACCAUCGCGGCAGCCAUCAUCUUGCAGAUGACGAGGCCGCAAUGCAGGCCUUCCUUCAGCGGUAUGGGGAAGUGAACGGCGACACGUUUGAGGAGCCCCGCAUUCCCGAGUCUUUGGCCGAGCAGAUCCAGGAGACGUGGCAGGCGUUUCUGCAGAAAUACUCCUCCCGGGAGAUUGCGGGAGAGUCCAUCUUCGAUGCCAUCAUGGAGGAGGCGCCGAGCCUUCAGAGCCUGUUCAAGUCCCCGAGGUCAGUGUUUGGGCUGCGUUUCACCACCAGUCUGACCAACAUCAUCAUGGAGUGCAAGGUGCCGUCCCGUGCGAAGAGGCAAGUGGAGACUUUGGGCUUCCAGCACUUGGACUUGGAAGUGACCACACCUCGAGUGGAUAUCAUCAGGGAUGCCAUUCUGGGCACACUGGAGUCGGAGCUGGGAGAGAAAGCGAACCCAAGAGGACGGCUUGGCUUGAAGGCGCUUCUCAACUACAUUGGAGGGGCCUUCAUUUUUGUGCAUCGAGAAUUUGCGGAUCGCAUAAGGAUCAUCCAGCGAAGCUGGAAGACGGCGAACGGAAAAGAUGCCGACGCGGUGGUGCAGGAUAACAGCAUGACAUUGGCCACCUUGCAGUCGCAAUCUAUCGAAGAGACCAACGCCAAGGGCGGCGAGGCUGAAGCUGAAGCUGAGAUCCAAGACAACGAGGAGAUCCAGGAGAUUUUGCGAGGCUGCGGUGACAGAGCUGAGGCGCCUGGAUCCCAGAUGCCAACCACCUUCAGCGACAUGUUUCUCUUCAAUGCCUCAGUAAUGGGGUACGGUGAGAGCAAGUGGAUGCGGCUAAUAUUGCAACACCUGGAUGACAUAGCUACCAAUGUGGCCAACACUUACCGGCUCCAGGAAGAGUGUGAUGUGCUCUCGGUGGUGCUGGGCAAGUACAAGGGCCAGAUCAAUCUCGUGGAGUUCAAGGCUGUGAUGCUGGCGUCCCUGCGCUCCGUCGUGCCCAAAGAUUGGGACAUGAACCACGAAGUGGCCUGGAAUUGGCUCUGGGAGAACGUCGAGCGGAUGCUAAAAGAAAUGAUGGGAAUUCCCUUGACCUACGAGAAGGCGUUGCGGAACUGGAUUCUGGACCUCCCCGAGGAUGUAAAGCUCACCUGGCGCAAGCAGCUCUACAAGAAGUUCUUUGAGAACGCCCCGAGCGCACAAGACUUCCUCAAGCAGUCCACUGGACGGCUGCACUUUAUUGCUGAUCGAAUUUUAGCAAUGACCCUGGACAUGUACUGUGCGCCUCGGCACAUGGUGGACGACGUCUCCGCUUUGGGCCUCCGGCAUGUGGGAUAUGGCGUGCCCACGGAGUUGUUCUCACCCCACGUCGCCGCCUGUGUGGAGGCUGUCGCGGAGUGCCAGAGUCUUGACAAUUCCACGCAUGUGGAUGCUUUUCGUUGGUCGCUAACGCUGAUCUCCAAAAUGCUGGUGCGGGUCAUUGUGGAGGGCUCUACAUUGGUGAUGAAAGCCAUCAACACAAACCAGGAGGCAUCGCUCAAGAAGGCGGUCGCCUUGGCGCCCCGCGUGGAGCGGGCCGAUGUGCUGCUGAACAUAACCUGCGGGACGCAGUCCAUCUCCCCGCUGUACUGGGCCAUUGACAGUGGCAGCCUGAGGUGCGCAAGAGCCAUCAUUGAGGACCUGCUCACAAUCCGAGCUGACCGCGACGUUUACUACUAUGGUUGUGAUGCACUCUUUACGAGGCAUCCCGAUCUCAUCCACCAGAUGUGCCUCAGCGCACCAAGCCUACUGGAGCCUCUCCUCGACGGCUUGGUUUGGCGUUCUCGGAGCACCAACGAGGGCAGGCGGCGCGUCAACUACUAUGUGAAGCACCUGGUGCAGGACCUCGAUGGCCAUUUCAGCGAGACCUUGAGCUGGCUUGUCGAGUUUCAGGACCCUCACGUUGUGAGCCACCCAGCUGCAACCCUGGCAGCUGACAUUGUCUGGUUUCGGUUCGCCGUCUUCUAUUUCUUGCGAGGACGCUGCUACUUACUUUUCACCCUUUGCAUCUUCAUCGCCGGCCAAGCCGUGUUGGGGAAGCAUGCCGGCCUCGAGACCUUCCAGGAGAAUAUUGCAAUUUUCUGCUGCCGCUGCUUUCUCUACUUUGGAAGCAUGUGUGUGUUGAUUUACAAUCAGGUCAAGCUGGCCUACCUUGACAUCAAGCGGGGGGCCAUCGAUCGAUCAUACAUUUUUCCAAUCCCCGAGUAUCUCUUCAAUGUCCAGCAGGCUUUAUACAUGUCUUUGGUAUUGGCAUUGGUCAUAAUGUUCUUCCUGGAGCCCAUCCUUUGGUGCAUAAAGCAAUCUUCUGCUCUGGGCUCCUCCAUGGGCGCCAAUGGCACCUACAUCUUCACAGAGAACUGCCCCGAAGCGCAGGACAAGGGCGCCUACAGCAUCUUUUCCUGUUUGGCCAUGCUGCUCUACUGGGCGUUGCUGGUGGACUUUGCAGUCAUCUCAAUGCGCGUCUCUGCCUUUGUCCUGGUUUGCGGCCGGGUGAUCUCCGAGGUGGCGCUUUUUGGCUCUGCCGUGGGAUUCCUGGUUGUGGCCUUCUCUACAGCCAUCAACACCCUGAACCAUCACCUGCUAGAGUUCGACGGCGUUCAGAAAUGGCUGUAUGCAUUGCUGCAGAUGGCUUUAGGCAUGUACGACACUGCAGACUAUGUCCAGUUUCGGGAGGAGGUUGCGGUGCUUGUGGCUGUCUCUGCCUUCAUCGCAGUGGUGCUGGUGGUUUUGAUGAAUUUGCUGGUGGCACAGCUCACAGAGGCCUACCAUUGCUUGUUCAAAGACAUGCAAGGCUAUGCUCGACUCAAUCGGGCAGCAGUCAUUGUGGCUGUCAUGGAGCAGGUGCUGCAAAAGAGGUGGACAUUGUUUCUGGCAUCCCUCAAUUUCGAGGAGCGGAUGGAAUUCAACGAGGGUGACAUUGGCCUGGCAGGCGGCGUCCAGAUCUUGGAGCCGGCGAACGCCAGUGUGGUCACAGAGGAUUGCAUCAAGCGAUACGGCGGUUCUACCGCGCCCUCUAAGCCCUGGCCAGAGGACGACACUUCUGCCGUGGAGGAGGACCGUUUCGAGCGCCUUGAGAAGCUGAUCCUGAAGACCCACAAAAAAAGUGGCGGCAGGGCAAGCAGGAGGCACGCCGGCAGCAGCAGCGCCUCGUUGAGCGUCGUGAGUGGUGGAAGUGACACUUCUGAGUGACCAGGCUUUGCGCCUGCUUGAAUUGUACUGGCCUGAUCUUAAAUCAAGCUUCAUAUUGAUGUUAUCGAUCGAGUCAAUCCAGAGGACCAACAGGGAAGCUGUUGGAUAGAGCCCGCUUUUUCGCUGUAGCGAGCUCAUGCCAGUGCCAUGACUGCCGGCCAUGC